ACACUGGCAUCAGACGUUCAACGCGUUGUGUUGUAUUGUCGCCUGCUUUUCUAAGAAUUUUUUUUUCAUUGCUCUCUCUUACUCUUUCUCUUUCUCCACACGAACCGAUUGAACAGUUAUGAGCGUCGAUCAGUGCAGCAUAAUCAAAGAGAUGUUUUUUUUGUUGGUUUUAACCAAACAAAUAAAUGGCGCGCAUUCCGACGUUUUGUUGAUGGCGACAAAUAAACAUAGCAUCGUUUCGAAAUAGAAACGGCUAUUUCAUCAUUUUUAUUGUGUAUACGAACUUUUCGUGGUUACAAUUUACAUGUGGCUGGAAAAAAAUUAAUAAAAACGAUCAGAUCGUUCAUGUGUCUUAAUAAAUUUCAAACAGAAAUUGAAUGUUCUUUGGUGAGACUCAACACAUACAAAACAUAGAGCCAAAUCGUGUGCAAGUGUUUCUCUCCAAAUCGUCGAAUGGUUGAUGCGGCGACAAUAGCGCUGUGCAAAAUUCAGUGUGCAAAUUAUGAAACGUCAACAUUGAGAGACGCCAACCGAUUCGCAACGCUAAAACAGUGUUUUAUUGCAACAUAGUGUGCGCGAUUUUGUACACAGACUGUGAAAGAGAACUGACGCGAAAAAUGUUCAAUUGAAAUGGUUCAAGUUAUCGUUUGAUUUUUCUUGCUUUUUUCAUCGACAUAAAAACACUUUUGGUUGUGAAAUAAUCACGUGAAUUGGAAUAUCAAACAUUUUCUAAAGUAUGUGCUCUUAAAGAUCGAUAGUUUCGUGCAAAUAGAGAAAAAUCAAAUCCGAUUGCGAAUAGUUGUGAAAUCGAAAGAGAGAUUGAACAAACGGAUUAUAUCGUAGUUUUGUGCCUGAGACAAAGAGUUCAGCGGACUAAGGAAAUCUGGAUUCAUGCGAAAUAGACUUUUUUUAGGCCAGAGCCUUAUGUCCAGCGCCUUCACUCAAUUGACCAAUAAUCCUCAUUGACAUACAUUUGACAAACUCAUCCACAAUGGAUGACCCAAGGUACGACUCAACGAGCGAUGAUGACUUGGAUUCAGAUCCAAAUUUGGAGGAAGAUUCACUCAUUCAUCACGUCGUCUUGCCACGAGUACUCCCAAACAAAACUUCAGAGAAUUUACAUGAGACGGAACUGGAACUGAUAGAUCAGUUUGUGAAAAUUGCUAAAGACUUUAAAGAAUGGAUACCGCCAAAAACACUAGAGCUGUUAUUGGCAUUGCAAAGUUAUCACCAUGGAUGCAAACCGCUUACCGUUUGGAUGGACAUCAACAAACUGGGCCCCGGUGAUAAUUUUGCCAUGUUUAUACGUCGUCAGCACUGUGCCAUCAUGAUUCAUGUGCCGCCGGAUGAAAUACCGAACGAUGUACAAAAUGUGAUUGUAGCUGCAUUCCCGGGAAGAUUGCAUUCCAGCGAAAUCUACCACCGUGAGAGUGACAUUGAGUUCAACUACCCGCAACCAGCGGUCAAAGUGAAAUUCUCGCAAAUGCUACGAUCGCCCGUAUUCUCCAAUCAGCUGUGUGUUUUGAAUGAAAAGUUGCCGGCUGGACACAAACAUUUGGAUUGUGUGUCGAAAUGGCUGAUAACACUUCUGAUGGAUGAACAGUCUACAGCAGCAGAGUUUCCAGUCAUCACAAAGAAGAUUCGGGACGAAGUGUGGGGCAACAGUGAAGUCUUUUUCCGUCGCUCAAGUUUCUACAUGAGCGUCAAGGCAAUGCUGCAGCACAGUCUUGCAUUUCAACUGGGUGCCGGUCGCUGUAAAUCGGUCUACAAAAUGUUCAUGUUGAAAUUUUUGAUUGCUGCAUACAUGAGUCCAAACAAUAAAUUCAACAUUGAUUUGCUGUCGCAGGUGAUGGCCAAAUUGGCGCGACGCAUCGAAAAGCUAUCAGAUAUGAGGAUCACAGAUGACAUGACCUCUUUGUAUAACAGCACAAUUGACGAGGCGAAAAAAACAAUCAAAAUGAUUCGCAAAAAAAUCGAUGCUCCAAUCAAUAAAAUGCACGAAAAAAACGCCAAGCUACCUGUUUUGACCGGACUGAAUUUUGAGGAAGAUAUUUCCUACAAAAUGCCAAAGUUGGAAAAGUAUUUGGAAGAAAGAAAGAAAACUUUGCUACAAAUUGACGAUGGUUUCAAACCUCCCAAAUACAUCACGUAUGAUCGGUACUUCAAAUCAGAAAUGCCCAGUGUUGAUUGUCUUGAGAGCAUAAAUAAAGUAAAGCGUGAGAUCGAUCACCGCAUAUUUUGGAUUGAUUUUGAGCGAAUCAUUUUAUAUCAAGCGAAAAUUGGUGACGAUCAUUGGAACGCUGAGGACUUACGUUCAUGGUCGUUUGCAUAUGCAAAUUUUGCAGAAAUCAAAUACAAAAACAAUCAACUGUUCAUCAGCCGAAUGCUGUUGGUUCGCUUGAAAAUCAUUGCAAUGUUGGAUGCUCAGGCAACGAAAGAGUGUCCAAUGCUUCUGAAACAUCGAAUUGGACUCAAAUCACAGAUGAUCGACUAUUUGUUGUUACCACAAAGCACGGACAUGCGCAUCGCCCUUGAAAUUGAAUCGUAUCUGCGCGAUCGCAACCAAAAUGCUGACGAUCCGAGUUUGAUUGAGGAAAAGGAAAUUUCCGAAUCUUCAUUUUCGGUCAAAUUUGCUAAGGAAAGCGCACAAAUGCAACAAAUUCGUGACGCUAUUUUGGCCAAAGACAACGACAAAAAGGACCGGAAGAUAAAAAAAUGGAAUGAAGAAUGUGACAAGGCCAAUGAACUGAAACGCCAAGCAGAGCGCUUGGACCACGAAAACGACUCCCAUUGGGCUUCUACCUAUAAGGAUACCCAUUCGAAAACAUGUAAGAAAUGUGCAUUGAAACGAGAAGCCAAAGAGGUUUGUGUUAAGCCACAUGAACACCUUUUGCCCAGUAAUGAAACAGAUCAAUAUGCGAUUGUGUUUGAGUUGAAAAUUCCCGAUGUCAUCGCCUGUUUGAGAGACGUACUCUAUGGAUUUGCUGAAUUUUGCUUUGGUGAGCCCAAGUUGUUGAAAAUCAAAGGCAGUUGGACCGAGUCUAAGCUUUCGGAAUACAAUAGCUCAAAAAGUGAACACGUCAAACUUGGUUACACCGUAAAGCAAAAUACGGAUGGUGUCUCUGUCGUGGAUAAUAGUUUGAGAAAAGUCCUGCUUAAAAACAUAUCCGACUGUCGAUUUCAUGCCAAACAUAGGACAAUGCCCUCAUUUUCAACGAUCCGUUUGAUCAAAAACGCAUGUACGCUUCAGGCGCAAGACGAAUAUGUUGGCCACCAAUGGGCACUGCAUAGCACUGAACACACCGAGAACCAAGUCUUAUCGAGCCAAUCAAAAUGCGGAACCGAUAUGACGCUGUCCGAGUAUAAGAAUUUUGGGACGCUUCGCUCCGAUGGCAAUCGAUUACAAAUCAGAAAGUUGUAUGCUCUGAUCGCAACCGAAGCACUUUCAUUCGAGAAGGAGGCCGUUCUAGCGUUAGUGAUGCAGACACUGUGGGAAUGCGAGGUGAGCGGUGAAGGUGGUUUUAUUCGCGAAUCACACAUCGAUUUUAGUGAUACUAAAUUUUGCGACGCGAUGAUCAAUUUGUUGGCAAACGUCCUUGAGCAACAGACCAACAACUGGAUGCACCCAUUCAAACUGUUCACAGUAACAUUGAUCGCCGUCCGCGCUUUCGAAAUCAACGACACCGUAGCAUUGGUCGGUAAAAUUGUGAAGCUUUUGAGCAGUGUACGAGAAAUUGCUUUAGAAUGGAUUGACACAAUUGAAAAGAAAAUCCGAGAUAUGGCAAACCCCGACGAAAACACCGAACGAAACUUGCGUUUGAAACUGAUAUACAUUGCAAUCAUUGGCGGCUUAACGUUUUUCAUUCAUCCAGAGCACAAAUACUACCGCAAUAUUUUUGCAAAUAACACGGAAAGCAGAAUGGCAGUGGCAUCCUGGUUGCGUUUUGUUAUCAGCUUGAAAAACAACAUACGCAUGUAUUCAAGCGAUGAAGAGAAAUUGCCAGCCAAUUUGCGCAUGUUUCUUCGAUUGAUGGAAAGUGUGGGCGUGUCGAUGGAAGAAAAAGUGACAGAUGUGAUCGAAAGAGAUGCUGACUUUAUAUUCCGAUUGGUCCGCAAGCAAUGGCCACGUUCGGAAUACGCAGUAUUCAAUCAAAUUUACUUUGAUCACGAAUUCCCGCAGAUCCUAGUUGUGAAAGCCACGGUGGACUCGACUGUUCAGACUGUAUCUAUUGACAUCAUCACUGGUGAUUUUUUGGUCGAUAGCUUGCCUUUAUCACGUCUUCCCAGCGAAGUAAUGCACAGCAACAUUUACCGAUGGUUCUUUGAAGACGUCGUAUUUGAAGUGCAACCGGAUGCACAGCACAAUUUCUCCACCGUACAAAAGUACAAUGAUUGCAGCUAUGAAUUUAAAAUGAUGGGUGACAACAACAGCAUCAUCAUCAUCGAGAGAAAAGUCAACGUGUUCGAAAAGGAGCUCAUUGAUGAAAGUGUCUUAUUCAGUGACGAUUUUCCACACGAUCUUGUCAAGAAUUACAGUCACUGGUGGGAUAAAAACGAGAACUUCAUCGAAUUUCGUCGAAGAACGUUUGGAAAGAAACACUUUUCAAAAGAAACCACCGUUGAUUAUCGAUUGAACCUGAAUAAUAAACAUCUGAUUCAUGAACAAACGCUACGUCCAAUGCUAGAUAUAAAGAGCAACAGCUAUAAAAAUAUCACUAAGCAACUGCAACGUUUGGAACAUCCAAAACACAUUCAUGUGCUAUUUUUUGAAGAGACUGAAGAAGCCAAAGUCGAAUUAUUGCGCAUGAAUUUACGUUUCACCGUCAAAUGUCCGAAGAAAUCAAAGAAACAUUGUGAUUUGAUAUCGAAUGAAUUCAAUGGGAUGCGUGUGAUUCGCGAGCAGAAAAUCGACACAUUGUGCGGGUUUCGAAACGGUUUGGUCUUGGAAAGCAUCAAAGAUGACAAGAAAAUCAUACUCAUUCCAAAUGGAUCAAUCCACACCAAGAACGCAAAUAUGUUCGCCGAUGUAUGGAUUAAUACGAGCAAUGAAUUACGAAGCCCCCCAUUUUAUCAAUAUCAAGUGGAUAAAUUUUGUUGCCAGCUAAAAUCAAGCAAUGAAACUCAUGCCUCCUGGUUCUAUCUGGCGUACCUACAUGCUAUCACAUCAUACGGUGAGAUUGAGCCAUUCACCAAAAUGUCGGGUACUGAACGUGCUAUACAAAUACUUCAGUCCGCCUUCGCUUGGUCCUCGUUACCUUAUGAUCCCGAAGCAAUAAGAAUCCUGAAAGAUAUUGCCGCUUUGACGCCACUCAGGAAUCUUGAUGAUUUAGAUAUACAGUCUGUUACAUGGCCCAGAGGUAUUCCCACACAUGCCGCACAAGACUGCUUCAUUUAUAUUGCGAAGAAAUUGCUGGAUGAUAGCCAACGACUAGGUGAUCUGCAUGGCGUAAAUUCGGGCAAACAUAUCGAUCUCAAAACAGAUAUGAAGAUGAACGAGCGUGACCAUCGACGUUGCCAGCAAUUGAACCCAAAUCUGAAUGUUUCAAACACAUUUAUCAAACACAAAGACUUGAAAACCGCACCACUCCAAAAGCGAUUCACAUUUUCAGAUGAUACGCGAACCGUGUGCAUUUUGUACCACAAGCAAAAAUUCAAGGUACCAACAAAUCUGAAUUUGAAACAAUUUCUCACUGAUAAAACAACAGAAAAGACGUUGGGUGGACUUGAACAUAGCGAACGCCUAAAAGAGCUGUUAAACCAUUCGGUGCACGAAGAUUUUCGCGAUUUAUGGAUUUCAUUAUAUGAUGCUGCUGUUCGGCGAAAACUCACUUCGGAUCAAUUUGCAAUGAUUCUCAGCUUUUUUGCGCACCGUGAAGAGAAUAUCAAACCGAUUUUAGCAUUGCAAGCAGUUGUCGUGAAACCAAACGAAUUUCAGCAUAUAAAUCCGCCGGCGAACAGUUCAUUUGACAUGUCCGCUGGAAAUUUUACUGCAAAUGCUGUGAGCACUUUAUUGAAGCGACGAUUCAAGCAACAUAUACGCGACCCAGCCCUAAUUACAAUCAUUGAUGAUAUAACGGCAUCAGUAAAAAGCUACUGGAAAGCAAGACCGUGCGAAUCGUUCAAUUUUACUCAACGAUGGACAUACAAAGACAUUGACUUUGCCGCUGCCAACGUUGCUGUAAAUGAAAAGCUAAAAACAUGGUAUGCACUCUAUGAACUGAAUACUUUCAUCAGACGAGUUGAAGCCCGACUGCAAUCACUGACUGGCCUUAAUUCAAUAAGAGUGCCGCAGUGUUUGUCGCAACCGCCAAAAGCAAAGAAAUGGAGCAAAUUUUUGAUCGAUAUCGAAGCAAAAAUACGCAAAAAUAUUGCGAAUUCCGAUGUAUUGCGACAACAUAUCGAAGAGGCCAAAGACGUAUGGCAAAUGAAUACAACUGAAUCACUUCGAUCGGCGCAUGAUUGGUGGAAAAUUUACAAGAAAGUUUGUGAUUCAGCCCAAACCUCUCACUUGAUUCAAGCUGGCAUAUUUCCAAGGAUUGCACCAAGUUUGCUUCUGCCGAAAAUCACCGACGCAAAUAUUGACUCGGACUUGAGAUGUUUGAUUGGUGCAUUUGCGAUAGAAAUAACCCGAGAGCAGCGCGAGAGCCGCAUUCAGGCUUACUCACGACGAUCAGAUCAGCAAGCAGCACUAGAUCGUGAAGAGAAGAAUGAACCGCACACAAAUUGGUCACCAUACGAUUAUCCCGAGUGGCUGUUAUUUGAAAUUGAGCAAAACGUAACGAUCCGUCGCAUCCAAAUUGAAAUUGCCAAGCGGAUGAUUGAGCCGCCGGAAAUUGCCAGCAAACAAAAGCAUUCCGUGAUGCAAUUGAACAUGGGCGAAGGCAAAACGGCGGUGAUUGUACCAAUCUUAGCGGCUCGGUUGGCUGAUGGAACUCAGGCUUGCCAAAUCAUUGUGCUGAAAUCACUUUUCGCAAGAAAUCUCAAGUCAUUGCGUCAAUACUUGGGUGGAAUGCUGGAUCGACGAAUGUACGUCUUCCCAUGUCGACGAGAUAUGCCAAUCGAAAGUCAUGCACACGACAUUAUGGAUAUUUAUGAAGAAUGCAAACGGGAAAAGGGUGUAAUUCUCACGCUGCCAGAGUAUCGUUUGUCAUUCCAGCUCAAGAUCUAUGAAUCGAUUGCAUCGCAGCUCAAAACGGGUGAGAAUCGAAAUUUCACAAUAGCCAAACAACUACUGGAUUUGCACAAAUGGACGAAUACGAAUGUGCGAAGCAUAUUGGAUGAAUCCGAUGCCAUAUUGAACGCAAAGUAUCAACUGAUCUAUACGGUGGGCAAUCAAAAGCAGCCGGAUGGUGAUUCACACCGGUGGUUAGUGGCACAAGCACUGCUGAAACGCGUCCCAAUCCACAUGCAUCGACUGUACACAGAAUACGGAAAGGAAAAGGUCGAGUUUGGGCACAAUCAUGACGGCAAUUGUCGGACAGAUAUAUUUACCCCAUGUCGCAUUCUCGAUGAUAGCGUCUAUGACGCUCUGAAAGAUGCGCUGAUCGACGACUUCUUCGCCGGCCGAAUUGACAUUGAUUUUCCUGGUAUCGAUGACGCAAAGAAACCGAGCCUGAAAUAUUUGCUGAGCAAUAAAGCAAUUGACCGAAGUACAUUGAGAACGAUCGAAGUCUUUUCCGAGGAAAAACAAAACAUCAUUCUUAUUUUAAGUGGUCUCUUGCGAUUCGAAGUGCUGAAAUUAGCAUUAACCAAACGAUGGCGCGUUAACUACGGAGUUGAUGUCAAAGGUCAACGCAAAAUGGCCAUACCAUUCAAAGCGAAAGAUGUAGCAGCAGAAAUGACCGAGUUUGGACAUCCAGAUGUUGCCGUAUGCUUAACACAAAUGAGCUACUAUUACUCAGGAUUAUCGGAUGCUCAGCUGUAUCAGGUGUUCAACAUUUUGGAGAAUUCACCAGAUAAAGCCGACAUUUAUGCAAAGUGGAUCAAGAGCAUUCCAAAUGACCGACUUGUGCCGUCGAUUGAAUCGUACAGUGGCGUUAACUUGGAUGAUCCAGAUCAACGUGAUGGUCUACUGUUCCCGUUGUUCCAAUACAAUAUGAAUGUGAUCGAUUUUUGGCUUUCGAACGUAGUCUAUCUACAAGAGCUGAAAAUCUUUGAGAAGAAGCUCAUGUGCACAGCCUGGGAUCUGUGCAGUGAUAGUCUCGAGCAUCGAGUCACCGGAUUCAGUGGAACCAACGAUACGAAAAACAUUCUUCCCAUUACGAUUGCACAGAACGAUCUGGCCGAGCUCGAGAAUACCAACGCAGAAAUGCGACAAAUUCUUAUGGACCCAAGGAACAUGGUGUAUCAAAAUCCUGCCAAGAUGAGAAAAGCCCACCAAAUUCUUCAGGAACUCGUGAGUCACGACAUUUCCGUGCUUCUAGAUUCAGGCGCUCUGAUGCUCGAACUGAACAACAAAGAAGUGGCUGUUGAAUGGCUAAAGCUGGCUUUGAAUCGCAACGCAGCUGUGUAUUUUGACGAGACUGACACACUGCAAACGAUUGACCGUAACGGCAUCGUGAUCGAAUUUGAUUACUCCGUUUAUCGCGAAGACCUAUCGGAUUGCGUGGUGUUUUUGGAUGAUGUUCACACUCGCGGCACCGAUCUCAAAUUUCCAGCGGAUUGGAUGGCUUGUGUAACAUUGUCGGGCGAUAUAACACGCGAUAAAACGGUGCAAGCAUGCAUGCGAAUGCGUCAAUUAAAAACAACACAAUCGAUUAUGUUCUGGGCUUCAAAUGAAGCCGAUAUUCGCUUAAGAAAGCUAUCUUCACAGCGCCGAGUCGAAAGCAGACACGUAAUGGAGUUCAUUGAAAACAACAGCCGUCUCUUCGAAACAACCAACAUGGCACACUGGACCGCUGGCGCCGUGAACUACACAAAGAAAUUGAUUGGACACAAAAUGUAUGACAACUUCAUGGAACAUACGAUCGAUGCAAAUGCCAUGGAAGUUGACACCGACGAUAAACAUCCCUUGGAGAAGCUAUACGAAAACUGCGUUGAUGAUGACUAUGUAAAACUGAAGACAAUUUACGGCGAGAAGGAAGAAGUCCUGCUGAGACGUAUCGUAUGGGACAAAUUUGGCGAUCUAGCUUUUUCGUGCAGUGAAGAAUCACCUAUUAGUGAAUUCACCAAAGACAUGCAAAAUGGUAUAAACGCAAAGUUGCUGAAGCUAGCGCCGAAAAUGAAGAGAUUCAUACAUACGCUCGACGAUGAACAAGAAAAAGAAUUGGAACAAGAAAUUGAAGAGCAAAUGCAAAUCGAACGGCCAAGAUGUGCCCAGGCAUUAAAACCACAUUUCGACGAUCGAUUGGAACAAUUGGUGCUUGAAGGUGCUGGCAUUGGUAGCACAUUUGAUGAUAUGAAAGCCGAUGGUGCAUUACUUUCUAUCGUAGCGAGUCUCUCAAACACGCAGAUGUUUGAGUUUUGUGAAAACAACGAUGAUGCAUGGGCCAGUCACUUGUUGGUCACCAAAGACUUCACAAUGGUGAUUGAAAACGAAUCGCAGGCAUGUAACGAUUUUCUGCGGCCAGUUUGCUGGGUUGCGUGCAUAAAAAAUGCGGGCACCAAAGAUGUGUUGAUUCUUUUGAGCUCGUUCGAGUGUAAUCAACUGAUCCCAGCUUUUCGCAAGAGUGAAAAUGCAACACUUUUCAUGUACCGCGCCAGAUUGAGUAAUUUGCACAGCAAUUUGAUUCGUGAACCUGGACUACAAGUUACCGGAAUGACAACAACUAGCUCCAUUUCCGUUGAAGAUGAGGUUCAAAUUGGCGUGUACUCUGGUAUGAUGUACUUUGCUGAUGAAGAAGAGCAACAUGCAUAUUGUGAAUUCCUCGGACUGAUCCCACGUCCUUGGACACAUGAACAAACCAUCGCAUUCGAAGAUGGAAACAUUGAUGAGAGUGGAUAUGUACCGAUCAGAAAGCGCAAUUACCCCGAAGCGAUCUCGCAGUGUGUCAGCCAAUGCAAAUUCAAAAGCAACCCAACAGACUUGGCUAUUAAAUUGAUCAAAGCUCAUCAUCAAAAGUUGCCCAAGGACUCACAUGUUGCCUCAAUUUUGAAUCGUGGCAUAAAAUCAUUCAGAGAAAACGACGCCAUGGACACUGAAUGAUCGAUGAAACGACGAUAAGGCCAGAGCCGAACAAUUAAUCGUAAAUACACAAACAAUGAUGAGGCUAGAGCCUGUCACAAUAUAUGAUUAACCAUAUUUCUAUACUUUAUUUAAUAUUAAACAAUAACAAUCGAGUUAAGUAAUUAAAAUGUAACAGUGUUACAUUGUAACGCAAUCGUUUUUUUUUUCAUAUUUUGACAUUAAAAAUAUAUCAUUCUAUAUUGUUAAA